GUGGGUGACGAGGUGACCAAGGAUGAGCCCCUCACCACCAACCCCAACGUGGGCGGCUUCGGCCAGGAAGAGAAGGAGUGCAUCCUGCAGGACAUGAACCGCGUCUACGCCUUCUGCGCCUUUGCCUUCUCCUGCUUCAUUGCCCAGCUCAGUUUCGUGCUGAAGAAGAUGCUUGGGAAGUUGAAAGAACGGCUGGAGCCAGCUGUUCAAAAGUGCCCCUCGUCGUCCCUCGUUACCAUGGCGCUGGUGGCUCCUGCUUUCACAGUCCUCAGCCCGACGGUAGUGACGCCUAGCUUCAACCAGCAGAUUCCAAGAGUGGUGGCGGGUUCCAGCAGCCAUGGACACAGCGGUACAGGCGCAGCCUUAGCAGCCUGUGGUAUGGUGGCUGCCGCUGGCCUGCGACGUGCGCGCAAGUCAUACUACCGCGACCACCUGGUGGCCUGCCGCGCGCAGUUGAACGGAGCUGAUGCUCCUACCCCAGAGGAGACUGACAAACACAUGGAGGGCAUCCAGGCCUUUGCCAAGCAGGCUUUGGCAGGUGCCUCUGCCGCCAUGCUGUUCACUAGCUCCAUGGAGGCAGCUGUUGCGUACCCUAUCUUUGCCCAGCAGAACUAUGCCAAGCCUCGUGAGUACACUGGGAAGAUCGUGUGCGCCAAUUGCCAUUUGGCUAGCAAAUCCAUUGAGGUGAGGCUUCCUCAGGCGGUGCUCCCCGACACCAUCUUCAAGAUGGAGGUUGAGGUGCCAGCCAAGUACGCCAAGCGCCGCCAGCCUCUUGCUGAUGGCUCCAAGGGCCCCAUGAACAUUGGCGCCAUUGCCGUGAUGCCUGAGGGAUGGAAGUUGGCUCCCAAGGACCGUCUCCCCAAGCCUCUGAAGAAGGAGAUGAAGGGCUUGGCCUGGGCUCCCUACAGCAAGGAGUAUCCCAACAUUGUGGUUGCCGGCCCGGUGCCAGGCGAAACCUACGAGAAGAUGGUGCUCCCUGUGCUGUCCCCUGAUCCCAACACCAAUGACAAGGUGAUCUUCGGCAAGGGCAUCUUCUACUUUGGCGGCAACCGUGGCCGUGGUCAGGUGUAUCCUGAGGGCAACCAGAGCAACAACAACCAGUUCUUGGCAUCCGCCACCGGCACCAUCUCCGCCAUCGAUGGCUUGAAGGUCAGCAUCACCACGCCUUCGGGUGAGGUGAAGACCCAGGAGUGCCUGACAGGUGCUGACAUCGUGGUGCAGGUGGGUGAUGAGGUGACCAAGGAUGAGCCCAUCACCACCAAUCCCAACGUCGGCGGCUUCGGUCAGGAAGAGAAGGAGUGCAUCCUGCAGGAUAUGAACCGCGUCUACGCCUUCUGCGCCUUCGCCUUCUCGUGCUUCAUUGCUCAGCUCAGCUUCGUUCUGAAGAAGAAGCAGUUUGAGAAGGUCCAACUUGCUGAGGGUGCAGCUUUGGCUGCCUGUGGCAUGGCUGCAGCAGCCGGCGUGCGUCGCGCAGGGCGGUGCGGUGCGCGCGGCUCCCGAGUCAACAUGGCGGGCAACUUUGGAGCCUUUGCCAAGCAGGCUUUGGCCGGUGCCUCUGCCGCCAUGCUGUUCACCAGCUCCAUGGAGACAGCUGUUGCGUACCCUAUCUUUGCCCAGCAGAACUAUGCCAACCCUCGUGAGUACACUGGGAAGAUCGUGUGCGCCAAUUGCCAUUUGGCCAGCAAACCCAUUGAGGUGAGGCUUCCUCAGGCAGUGCUCCCCGACACCAUCUUCAAGAUGGAGGUUGAGGUGCCAGCCAAGUACGCCAAGCGCCGCCAGCCUCUUGCUGAUGGCUCCAAGGGCCCCAUGAACAUUGGCGCCAUUGCCGUGAUGCCUGAGGGAUGGAAGUUGGCCCCCAAGGAUCGUCUCCCCAAACCUCUGAAGAAGGAGAUGAAGGGCUUGGCCUGGGCUCCCUACAGCAAGGAAUAUCCGAACAUCGUGGUGGCCGGACCCGUGCCAGGUCGGAGAUCCAGAUUCAGCCAUUUCAGGUACCGAUUUAUUGGAGGUGAGACCUAUGAGAAGAUGGUGCUCCCUGUGCUGUCACACGUGGGAAACUGUAUUCAGGUAGCAGGUUUGGGCUGCCCAAACCUGCUACUCGAGUACACCAACUGCUGGCCGCAGGUGUAUCCUGAGGGCAACCAGAGCAACAACAACCAGUUCUUGGCAUCCGCCACCGGCACCAUCUCCGCCAUCGAUGGUUUGAAGGUUCCAAGACUUCACAGCUGGCACCCUGGAUGGCGGGGUGAUCCUCCAGCGCUUUCUCUGGGUUUUCCCUGGGUGAAUAUCACCACGCCUUCGGGGGAGGUGAAGACCCAGGAGGAGAAGGAGUGCAUCCUGCAGGACAUGAACCGCGUCUACGCCUUCUGCGCCUUUGCCUUCUCCUGCUUCAUUGCUCAGCUCGGCUUCGUUCUGAAGUGGCAUUUUUUCGAAGACGCAUGUAGCGCCAGCGGGAAAAACUGCUUGGAUCUGCUGACAUCAGCCAGCCUGGAGGCCAUAGACACUGGUAACCAGGGUACCUCGAAAAAAUUGGAAGAGGGCCCAAGCACGGUAGUUUGGUCCAAAAUCUUCCCAUCAGCCAUGGCCCUGGCCCCAGCCUUCACCGUGGUCUCCAGCCCCACUGGCACAGUGACGCAGCCCACCCACCAGAUCGCGCGACCCCAAGCAACUCAGCAUGGACUCUCUGGCACAGGCGCUGGCUUAGCAGCCUGCGGCCUUGCAGCUGCGGCCGGUGUGCGCCGCACUCGCAAGCAGCGUCGAUCCAUGGCGGGGACCAGCCUGGUGGGCAACUUGGGGGAGUCCUACUACCGCGACCACCUGGUGGCCUGCCGAGCGCAGCUGAACGGCGUGGAUGCUCCUACCCCAGAGGAGACUGACCAGCACAUGGAGGGCAUCCAGGCCUUUGCCAAGCAGGCUUUGGCCGGUGCCUCUGCCGCCAUGCUGUUCACCAGCUCCAUGGAGGCAGCUGUUGCGUACCCUAUCUUUGCCCAGCAGAACUAUUCCAACCCUCGUGAGUACACUGGGAAGAUCGUGUGCGCCAAUUGCCAUUUGGCCAGCAAACCCAUUGAGGUGAGGCUUCCUCAGGCAGUGCUCCCCGACACCAUCUUCAAGAUGGAGGUUGAGGUGCCAGCCAAGUACGCCAAGCGCCGCCAGCCUCUUGCUGAUGGCUCCAAGGGCCCCAUGAACAUUGGCGCCAUUGCCGUGAUGCCUGAGGGAUGGAAGUUGGCUCCCAAGGACCGUCUCCCCAAGCCUCUGAAGAAGGAGAUGAAGGGCUUGGCCUGGGCUCCCUACAGCAAGGAGUAUCCCAACAUCGUGGUGGCUGGACCGGUCCCAGGUGAGACUUAUGAGAAGAUGGUGCUCCCAGUGCUGUCCCCGGAUCCCAACACCAACGACAAGGUCAUUUUCGGUAAGGGCAUCUUCUACUUUGGUGGCAACCGCGGUCGUGGACAGGUGUACCCUGAGGGCAAUCAGAGCAACAACAACCAGUUCUUGGCAUCUGCCACUGGCACCAUCUCCGCCAUCGAUGGCUUGAAGGUGAGCAUCACCACUCCUUCCGGCGAAGUGAAGACCCAGGAGUGCCUGACAGGUGCUGACAUCAUGGUGCAG